CACUGCAUAUUUAGUCUACUUUAUCUCACUUCUAACGCAUCUAAACGUCACUAACUAAAGCAAGGCGAUGGAAAUGGUCAGUUAGACAAGCUCUGGCAGCGGCGCCAAGGCCGUAGCUCCGCCGAGUAAGCCGGGGUCGGAUAAGGUCGGCGUUAACUUACAUUAGCGCAUCUCAUGCCCUGUAUGAGCAGCAAAAUAUCUGCUAGGAAGCAUUUCCCUCAUCUUCAUCAAAUAUGGAUCAAUUCAGCCAGCCUGAACCCGUCCCUGGCCCAGGUCAUAGUCCUGUGGCCACGAAUGGUAACAGUCAGAAGACCCACAGAAAGCGUCUUCGGGUCAGUUGCGGAGAAUGUAGACAGAAGAAGCUUUCUUGCGACCGGAGACUGCCUUGCCACAGAUGUAUUCGAUCGGGCAGGCCACAUCUGUGCUCCUUCGAGGCUGGUACCAGGCCAGUGCCUACGGCUGACAGCUACCAAGCACAGCAAAACAGUGAACAGAUUCGCGAUCUGCAGGUAGAAGUCUCCCAGUUAAAAACUUUACUGUCCAAAGUCGUCCAAAGGCAGGAAUCUAUUGUCGAGAGUACGAUAAAUGUCGAUGGUAAUGACACCGCUGAGCGCGGUCAUGGGGCGGUUCCAGCUUCAGAGCACGUUUCCCAACAGCAAGCCCACGUCCUCCCUUACUCAGCCAGUGAGAAUGAAUUCAUGCGCCGGUCCCCGCGCGGUUAUUACCGACAGCAUACACUCUUCCGGUUUUUUGUCGAGAUUCCUGAACUCAUCCCGUUCAUUCGAGAAACAGCUGAUGAUUGGUUCAAGCCUCGUGGUAUUACGCUUAGUAAAACAAAGCCGGUGAUACAUGACCAGAGGACAGUUGCUCCUCCAUCUCUGGAGGUCUCUCCCGAGGAAUUUCUUCCUGCAAAGCAGGACACGGACGCCUUAGUUUACUUCUACCUGAAUCACGUUGAGCAUUUACAUCGAUUACUCCAUGUGCCCACAUUUAAUAGGGAAUACUGCUCAUUUUGGGAACCUCGGAGGAAACGUUUCCCUGCCAUGACUGCGCUUAUCCUAGCCAUGAUAUCCAUAUCCGCCUGCGCCGCCCCUGGAACCUCGGACUCUAUCCAUAUCGAUCCCUCAAUUCGGAAGAUGCCUCCAAAGUGGAUUUCUUUGUGUGAUGAUUGGCUCCAAAGUCAGGGUACUAAACCUCGCAAGCUCGUCUAUUACCAGGUGGGCUGUCUGCUUUACAUUGCAAAAAGGUUCAACAACAUCAGGAAGAAAAGGUUUUGGAGUGAGACCGGUUCUUUGAUCCAGAAUGCGAUUCUGGAUGGCUUACACUGCGAGAUAGCAAGUGAUAGCCCUUACCAAAGAGAGAUGAAGAGACGUGUCUGGGUUGUCUUACGUGAAUUGGACCUGCAAAAUUCAAUCGGAUUCGAACUCCCUACGUUCCUCCACACAAUAGAGCCGACUGUUAGCGCUCCAUCGAACAUUAGAGAUGAAGACUUUGACGAAUCAUCAAAAGAUGUACCAGUCCCUGCCCCAACGAGCCAAUACACGCGCAUGUCAUUUCAAUGUCUCAGCUCCCGCAGCUGGGCGCUGCGCCUCGAGAUAUCGCAGCGUAUGUUCAGCACUGGAUCUUCCAGAUUCCUCAACUACGAGGAGGUUUUACGAUACACUCAUAACCUCACGCAAGAGAUUGAUUCACUGCCAUCCUGGAGUGAGAGUGAUUACAGUGGAGGGACCUCACAGAUGCCUACACUUGUCUCUACACUGCUGCAAUUCCAGCUAAAGGAAUGCAUUCUGAUGAUCCAUCGACCUUACCUUCGUCGAAGCGAAAAGAAAUCUUCGCUAUCAGAGAUGAUUAGCUACAGUACCUCACGCGACAUACUGCUUCUCAACAGAAAACUUGCGGAAUUGGGAAUCCAGAGUUUGACGCUGCUACGAGAUGACUUUCCAUUAGCGUCGAUGACACUCACUCAAAUAGGACUGCUGCCAGCCAAAGACCCAAUUAGUUUCUCAAUUCCGAGUCAAGAAUCCACAAUUGAGCUCCUAGAACAGUCCCUUCCAUUGAUCGAAGACAGUUAUCUACGCUGCUUCCUCGGCGAGCCCUGGUGUCCUCUUAUAGUAUGUGGAUGCAUCAUGCUGCUUAAAAUUCAUCUGGGAAAGGAAACUUCUCAAACGGCCAAAUCCUCAUGUGCACAGAGAUUUCUUGGUAUAUAUUACAGUCACUUUGCCAGACAGCUGGUUCCGUCGUCCAUCCAACAGCUGUCUAUGCCGUUGACCUUGGUGGGAGAAACUAUUGUCAGAGAUACAGACUGGCAACCCCGAACGCCAAACACAACUACGUUCUCUGGAUCAUCGUGGUUAGAUAGUGGCUACUCUGAUCUUAAUUUUGACUGCAAUGAUAUUGAUAUGGAUUGGGAUCGUGCUUGGGAAUCGCUGUGGUCUCAACCAAUUCAGCCCGACGGAAAUAACGUAGAUGGCGGAUCGAGGUUAUAAAGUUUCAAUCGUAGUAAUCAUCCUUUCGUCUACUCUAUAAAAGGACAGGGCUCUUUGAAAUCACAUCUGUAUAUAUUUAGACAGUAUAUUGAUCAAUUGAUAUGGGUAAUAUGUCAAAUUGUA